AUGUCCUCCGCCCAAGCUACCGCCAGCUCAAUCGCCUCCAGCGCCCCGGUUGCGCCGGUGAUCACCCAGUCAGCUGCUGCUGCUGCUGCUGACAAGCCCAAGCCCUGCUGCGUGUGCAAAGACGAAAAGGCCAAGCGCGACGAGUGCAUGCUCUUCUCCAAGGCUGCCGACCCACAAAAGGACUGCUUGUCGACCAUUGAUCAGUAUAGGAGUUGUAUGGCUGGGUUUGGAUUCAAGGUUUAG